CUCUGGUCGUAAGGGAGGACAGACGCACCUGCAUCUCUCCACUGACCGUUCAUUCACAAGAGUACACUGCAUCUCCAGAAGCUGAAUUUUCGCCUGAUGGAGUUUUCAUUCUUGCUUUAUAUCUCAGUGUUUAUUUGCUAAAGUUUUGUCCAAGUGUAAUGAAGAUUUGAGGAUGCGUUUAUUGGAGAUGUAUCACUGAUGCGCAUCUCGCUCAGUAUCCAGCAGAACAUCAGCAUGAUGGAAUAGGCGUUUCUCUCACUUCCUUCACAAUGGGGUUAUUCAAACUUUAUUUUGCGCUUUGCACUCUCGGACUUUUCUGCGUGUCAGGUUUGGGGGUUGAUCCAGCAUUACAUGUGAAUAUCUUCCAGAAGUUUGAUCUUGUGAGGUCAAGUGCUGGAGUCUCCCAGGUCCAGGGGUUCCACAAUGAGAGUAAAGCAUAUCUGUUUGAAGGGACAUCAAGGAAUGCAAGAGCUUCUCUCAAGGCAGUAGAGAGAAUUCUUCAGAAGCUGAGAGGAAGAACUGAGUUCACUCUUCUACUGACCCUCAAACAGGAGAAAUUCAGCUCUGGAGUGCUGCUGUCCAUCCACUAUGGAGAACAGAGGUUUCUGGAGGUAGAGAGCAGCGGUCUGCGUAAUGAGAUCCGUCUCUUCUUCCAAACCUCAGACCAGCGGCAGCAGAGAGAGAUCUUCCCCUAUAGUCUAGCAGAUGGACAUUGGCACAAAGUCUCCCUGGCAUUCAGCGCCACCCAAGUGGUGCUCCAUAUUGACUGCAACAGAAUUUACGAAAGGAUUGUGGAGACGCCAUCUAUGGACUUUCCCAGAGGAACAAACAUCUGGCUUGGUCAAAGAAAUGAUGCCCAUGGGUUCUUCAGGGGAGUGAUGCAAGAUGUUCAGUUGGUUGUCAUACCCCAUGGAUACGUCGUCCAAUGUCCAGAUCUCAACCGUACUUGUCCCACUUGCAAUGAUUUCCAUGGGCUGGUUCAGAAGAUCAUGGAACUUCAAGAUAUUUUAGCUAAAACAUCAAGCAAGUUGGCACUUGCCGAAGAGAAGAUGAAGUACUUGGAUGGCUGUUACUGUGAGAGGACAUGCACCCUGAAUGGAGAGAUAUACAGGGACGAUGAUGCUUGGAUAGAUGGAUGCAGAAACUGCACGUGCUCAAAUGGUACAGUGGAGUGCGAGAGUAUUUUCUGCCCACCGCCUCAGUGUCCCCCUGAUACAGCUCCAAUCUACAUGCCUGGAGCUUGCUGUAAAGAGUGCCAGCCCGUGUGUCUGUUCAGAGGAAGAGUGUAUGUGGAAGGUGAUCGUAAAAGCGUGCACGAUUCUGAGGGAAACUGUCUGCUGUUUGAAUGCAGGGAUCGAAGUAUGCAUAGGGUUGAGAUCACUUCUUGUCCAGAGCUAAACUGCCCGGAGUCAGAACAGAUCACGCUCACAGACCGCUGCUGCAAAGUGUGCAGAGGGCAUGAUUUCUGUGCUGAGGGUCACAGCCGCAAUUGUGUGGAGAAUUCGGACUGCAUUAACCUAGAAGCAGGAGCUUUCUGCAGCUGUAAAGAAGGAUACCAUGCACUCAGGGACGACAGCGCCUACUGCCAAGAUAUCGAUGAGUGUGCGGAGGGGAAACACUACUGCAGAGAGAACACGAUGUGUAUGAACACACCCGGCUCCUUUAUGUGUGUCUGCAACACCGGCUAUGUCCGGAUUGAUGAUUACUCUUGCACAGAGCACGAUGAGUGUGUGCAUGGACUGAAUACCUGUGACGAAAACGCUCUUUGCUUCAAUAUGGUUGGCGGACACAGUUGCUCCUGUAAACCAGGGUACGUCGGUAACGGAACCGUCUGCAGAGACAUCGACGAGUGCUCCGAUGGAUUUGUGGAGUGUGACAGUCGAGCCACUUGCGUCAACCUACCUGGCUGGUAUCACUGCGAGUGUCGCGAUGGCUACCAUGACAACGGAAUAUUCUCAGCCAAUGGAGAGUCAUGUGAAGACAUUGAUGAAUGUGAGAUGGGGCGGCACAGCUGUGCUAAUGACACCGUGUGCUUUAACGUUGACGGAGGUUAUGACUGCCGCUGUCCGCACGGUAGGAACUGCACUGGCGACUGUGCCCAUGAUGGGAAGGUGAAACACAACGGGCAGAUUUGGGUGCUGGAUGACGACAGGUGCUCGGUCUGCUCCUGUCAGUCGGGGUUAGUGAUGUGUAGACGGAUGGUGUGUGACUGUGAGAAUCCCACGGUGGAUGUGUUGUGCUGUCCUGAAUGCGACCCUCGUCUGAGUUCUCAGUGUUUGCAUCAGAACGGUCUGCUGGCGUACAGUAACGGAGAGACCUGGGUGGAGAACUGCCAGCAGUGCCAGUGCAUGAGGGGUGAAGUGGACUGCUGGCCGAUAUCGUGUGCGCCGGUGGCUGACUGUGAGUUUACAGUGGUUCCGGAGGGCGAGUGCUGUCCACGCUGCAUCACGGACCCCUGUCUGGCCGAUACCGUUCGGAAUGACAUCUCCAAGACCUGUGUGGAUGAAUACGGGAUCACUCGCUUCAGCGGCUCUGCUUGGACCAAACACGGCACUGAGUGUUCCCUCUGCCAGUGCAAGAAUGGUCACAUCUGUUGCUCUGUGGACCCUUUGUGCCUCUAGUCCUAUUCAAAGACAAAAUGUCUGACUAGUUUUCUUUUUCUCGCUGUCUGUUUUACUUCCCCCCUCUUUGCCUCGGCUCUCUGUACAGUUUCAUCCCCUUCAGAAGAUCAUUUUAUACCAAAUCCUCACAUGUAUUAUAACAUAAACAAUAUACAGAUAGCGCAGUCAUACAUAACAAAAGAUAAAGCAACCAGUCGUUUUAGCUUUGAACGGUGUUUCAGAUUUGCUUGAUGCAUUUGAUAAGAUGUUUAUUUGUCGUUUAUCAAUUAUCAUCGGAAACCAUGAUGCAAUAUUCAGAUAAAGAGUUCAAGUUUUGCGAAUUCCAUUUGAUUUUCAGGUUUCAGUAUCAAAACUAUGUUGAAAAAUAAAGGUUAACUUGUCAGUGAUUGCAGUGUUUUGUGCUUGAUGGGUUCAACAGACUGCAGACAUGGUCAAAUCCUUUGUAAAUGACCUUACAGUGUUUACUUCUUUCAGUAUUAAUGGUUGUUCCGCUCCCUUUCUGGGAAAAUAUGAUCUUGAUGUUGUGAAUAGUUUAUUUAGUGUUUGUUUCUUACGUCUUUUGAAUUCUGUCUUUACUUUGAUGUUUUAUGUUGCACCUCUUGUCAAAUUGAUGUUUUGUUUCCUUCAAUGGCUCGGUGCACUAUUGUGUCAUGGUGAAAUAAAAGGUUUCCAUUG